AUGGAUGACGAUUCGUUGUCGUGCAGCGCCAUGGCCAACGUCCUUGAUAUACCAGAGGUGCCCACUACUGGGCUCCAGACAUUCGCUCUCUUUCUCAACUUCUUCUUUCCUGCUUUGGCUUUGGUUGUAGUCGUUCUUCGUACGGCGGGGCGACUAGCAACAAAUGCCUUUGGAUGGGAUGAUGGUUUAAUAAGUGUUGCCAUGCUAAUGUCACUCGCUGAAACUGUUGUCAGCUUCUUCUUUAUCAAAACGAACUUUAUCGGCAUUCACAUUGCCGACGUACCUCCAGGACCACCCUCAACUGAGGCUGCCAUUUGGAACUAUGCGGUGCAGAUACUGUACAACCCAAUUUUGGCACUGGUCAAGUCAUCAGUGCUUCUCUUCCUACUACGACUCUUCGGCCAGAAGACUGGCGUACGGCGAUUCAUCAUCGCCCUCAACACUCUCAACAUUGCGCAGAUGAUCGCAUUCUUCUUCGUCAUCGUCUUCCAAUGUACUCCGAUAUCCUUCAACUGGGACAAGACCAUUCCCGGAGGGCGCUGCGUGGACCAAAGAAUUGUGUUCACAAUCACGGCUACAUGGAACAUUAUCACAGACCUCCUGGUCCUGGGCUUGCCCUUAUGGAUCUUCGUCGACCUUAACAUCCCAAAGAGGACCAAGAUUGCGCUAUUAUUUGUUUUCCUCUUAGGAUUCCUAGUGACAAUUACUUCUAUCGUCCGCCUAGUACUUCUAGUACAAGGCCUUUUCGGGCUCAUCAUGCUCAAGGACCCAACCUUUAACAUCGGCUUCAUCGUCUCGACAAUUGAGAUCAACCUCGCCUUGAUCACUGCCUCAGCGCCGGCAAUAAGGCCAUUCAUCCGCCCACGACGCCGCGGCGGCUGGGUCCCCAACAGCUUUUACGGCGGCAAGCCUCCGCCGUCCUCCUCCGCCGCGGCUGCCGAUCCCGAGAUGGGAUAUAGCUACACGCGCAGCAGCACGGGCACCAGCAGCCGCGGGGGCGCCAAGCUCAACCGCGGCGGCAGCAGAGGCGGGCGACGAGGAGGCCGGGGUCGCGCUGGGUCGAGACGGCCCAUUAACCUGCGCGACAUACGGCUCCGCACGAGCGAUCGUGCGCUGCGGUCGCAGAGCCCGCGCGAGAGCGAGGAGGAGACCAUGACGGCCAACGGCAUCAUGCGUGUCAGUGACGUCCAGCGGGAGAUCGACGCCGUGGUGAAGGACAUGGCCGUCGGGCCGGGGAGCUACGGCAGCAACUUCGCGAGCAACACUAGCAAUAACAAAAAUGCCAUAACCGCAUCUACCACCACGAAGCCGAGCACCAAUAACAUCGGCACGGCCGUCACCACCACCGGCAACAGCAGGAACCUGACGAGCGCGCCGGCGCGGGUGACGUCGCCGUCCCCGCUCGCGGACGCCAUCUGGUACGACCCGGACGACGGGCCCGAACAGUUCGGGCGCAUGAAAUUCCCGGCGGAGCGCUUCUACAGCGAGAGCGUGUACCCGGACCUCGAGUACCGCGGGGAGCGGGACUACAACGAGGAGCGGUUCAGCAAGUACGGCGAGCGGCGCUUCGGGGUGAUCACGCCCAAGAUGACGACGCCGACGAGGAGAGGCGGGUGGAGUGAGGCCGGGAGACCGUUCUGA